CAGGGAACAAGACCUUGGAAAAUGCGUCUGCGUCCACAAGAAGUUCUAUUUCCAAGGCAGAAGGGAUCGCAGUAUGCAGCGCUCUCAUUUUAUCUUCGGUCCUUAUCAUUGCAGGAAACUUGCUCACUCUGCUUCUCUUUGCAGUUACCAAACCACUUCGUAGGAAAAGUUUAUUUUUAGUCAUGAACAUGGCGUUUGCUGAUUUGAUGUUAGGAGCCAUCACUCUGCCCUUUUAUAUUUACGUUAAUGGAGGUUACUAUCAGCUUUGGACAGCAAAAUAUGACUCUGAACACAUGGCCUACAGAAUAUUUUAUACAAGUUUCGAUAGCAUACUUAUGUAUGGCUCAUAUAUAUCUGCAGCCUCUAUUUCUUGCGAGAGACUUUAUGCCGUAUUUUGGCCGUUUAAACACCGUUCAUUAUCCACCAGAACAUACCGCGGCAUCAUUUUCUUAAUUUGGACAUCCGCUGUCUUGGUGUCUACAUUAACAACUUUGUCAUAUGUUUUGAGUUCAUUUGAAUCUAUUUUCUUGGUUUUCAUCCCCGUUUCGUCGGGUCUAACACUCAUCAUAUGUUUCUGUAACAUCGCGAUCUGGAGAAAUUUUCAACGCGAGAGUGUUGCCUCACAGCAUCGAAAUGGAGCUUCCCGAAACAGACGCUUAACAAAGACCCUACUUCUGGUGUCCAUACUGGCUUUAGUAUGCUGGCUUCCCUUAAUUAUCAUGAACCUAUUAGUCUAUAUAUAUGGAACUGAGACAUUAAUAGCAUGGGUUUAUUUCAUGAUGAACACUCUUAAUUAUUCUAACUCUUUUGUCAAUCCGAUUGUGUACGUAUUUAGAAUUCCUGAGUUUCAGCAAGCGCUGCGUUCUUGCUGUACGAAGGGGAGACCAGCUAUUGAGAUGGUUAAAAUCGAGAAAAGAAACCGCCCAACGUCAGAAAUAGAACUAAGAAAUUUUACGAACCGAUCCCACUCGCCUGCUAGUUGAGGUUAAACGAGAAGAUAUGGAAACUAGGUUUUAUUCAGUUGAGAUAAGAGGACCGCUGGCGUUGUUACUGAGUAGUGACAUUCAUAGGAGGCAGCAGCAAUAAAUGUGCAGUAUUGUAAGAAAAUAGGAUAGCGUUCUUAGAUUUUCGAUUUUAUGCUUCACAGAGCCCUGUUGUUGUAUAGGGUUGCUUUUUGCAGUAACCAGUUAAGUAUGAAUUUCAUCCAAUAAUAAAAAUAUGUUGUUUUAUUUAUCCUAUCUGAGAUAAAAUAACCUGUCAUGUUAUAAAAAAAAAUUAACUCUCAAUAAAUAUGAUAAUUCUA